GUUGAACUAAGUGAUAAGCUUAUCAAACAACUUGCAUAUGGAGCAGUUGGUGAUUUAUCGCCAAUGGCUGCAGUAUUCGGAGGUUUGGUAGCCCAGGAAGUACUUAAAGCAUGCAGUGGAAAAUUCAACCCAGUCUAUCAAUUCUUCUAUUUCGAUUCAUUAGAAUCACUUCCUGAAGAUAAUGAGAAAUGUGGUGAAGAGGAAUUUGCACCA